AUGGCUUUCUUCGGCAAGUCCAACGUCGACUCACCUCCUCACAGCCCAACCUCCCUGUCGUCAGAUUCUGGAUAUCCUUCCUGGCGGAAAAGCUCAACAUCCACAUCAAACUCAUCCUCUUCAUCAUCGUCAUCGUCAUCAUCGCCCACCACACCACCCGGAGCCCUGCCCAAAGUGCAACUGGUGCCCUACGCCCGCACCGCGAGUUUCGAGCGUUCCUUUUCUGACGCCGAAAGAGAACUCCUCGACAAAGCCCAAGCCAGCCUGGAUGCCCUGGACCUGUCGUCCCAGGACUUCGACUUUGAAGACAUCUUCACCUACGACAAGCCGCAGAAGGAGCUGAAUCGGGUGGUUGAGGUGUCGAGGCCUACCCGAGUGCACCGUGACUGGUCGAAUUUCUCCUUCUCGCAUUAUCCCGCCGCCAUGAGUGCGAGGAAUAAAGUGAAUAAUCACCGGGCGAAGAACAAUGGAGGCGCUGGAGGACUGUAUGUCAAGAAUUCCGAGGUUAAAAGAAAGCAUUGA